UUGUCGGGGCCAAGUUUCCAAUUGAGGUACACAGCAGGGGAAACUGCGUCCAGGGCGUGUUAGGGUGACUCCUCAGUGGGCCGCCUGUAUGCCUCGGAGGAGAGUCUGGGUUCUUCCCCGCGCGCGGCACUAAUCGCCCGCCCGCUCAGCUUCUUCAUUGGACCGAAGGAGAUUCACAGUUAGUCAGCCAGGGCUCCUGCGAGCAGGCGGGCUGAGGGAGACCAACUCCGGCCGGUAACUUCCAUCCAGCCUGCCCGCGUCCCGAGACUUCGCCUCACGUUCGCCGGCGCCGGAGCAGUGGGACGCUGCCAGGGGUCCCCGGGCAUGGGGAGCCGGGUCGCCUGCGGGGAGCAUGUGGCGGCUGCCUCCGUCUCCCCCAUGUUCUGCCGCUGAGCUGGGAGCCCGGAGCCCCGAGCGGGAGCCAGCCGCCUGGUGAGCAACUAGGGGGAAGCGGGAACCCCCUGCAACGCCCUUACACAGGCCUCCCGCGCCCCACCACGGAUCCCGCUUCCCUGAGCCCCAGACCCCGGCGCCGCGACUGGCAGCUCCCCGAGCGACCCUGACACCCUCCUGGCCCCUCGUCAGUGACCCUGGCCCCCACACACGGACGUCUCCGGCUUUUCAUCGCGGGCCGCCGCCACCCGUGACUGGCCCAUAAUCACUGGCACCCUACUUCUCCCGACUGACCGGUCCCUAUUCACUAACCCCCCACCGGAUUGAUCCUUUCCUGAACCCCCCCCCCUUCCCAGACUCACCUACCCCUGAUCACUGACCUCCCCCAAUUCCUGGAUCCUUCCAGUCCACUUCUCUUUGAACCCAGCCCUGUGCCCCCAAUUCACCCCACUUCUCCAAGCCUCGCCGUUCAAAUCCACCCCAGACUGGCCCAGCCACUCCCCCAUGUUUUUCCUUUAGCCUGACUCCACUCACCACUUCCUGUAAUCCUGACUUCCUUCACUUCCCUCCUUCACUUCCUAAAUACCUAAUAUUCCUUCAACCCAUGUUACACCCAAAUUUGACCUUAUCUCUUCCAAAACCUGGACCCUGCCUCUAAUAGCCCCAACCCCAAGAACAUAUGCACCAAGCCACUCACCUGGUCCUCCUUCCAAAAAUCAAUAACCACCACCCAGAAUCUCUCUGAAAAUCAACCCUCCCCCUCACUGAGUUUGAUGGAGUGAUGCAAUUCGCCCAUCUCCUGGAUUAUCCUCUUGGGUGACUGAAGAAACUUUUGCUGCUAUUGUUUCAUCAUUUUACUUUUUUUGCACAAAGAUUUUUCUGAAUGUCAUGAGAGAUGAAAGGAAAUUUUGGAUGUUUGCUUCCACCCUUUGGAAGCUGCAGAAGCAAAGGGGAAAUGCACCAAAGGAACUGAGCUCCAUCUAAUUGAGGAAAUCUGUUAUUUGCCAGAUUGCUGAUUUCAUUGGACUGUUGAAAACUUCAGCACAGAGUUUACAUCCUAAUUCAGGGAGGAAUGAAGGGGGUUGAAAAAGAAGCUUACAACAAAAUCUAAACUUGAAGUUUCCAUUGCUUUCCUUUUGACCUGGAAGGGAUCACUUCCUCUCCCCCCCCCCCCCAAGUAAUAAGCUAUUUUUGUGGAAUUCAUAACUGGAGAAUUAAAGUAGUAGAAUGACCUCUCCUGUGGAUCCCAAGAUUAAACAGGCUUUGCGAAAAAAAACAUCAGAAAGGACUCAAGAGGACUUAAAUACUAUCUAUUCUUAUCUUCAUGGAAUGGACAUAUUGUCACAUCUCAGGGAACAUCAGCUAAGAAUAAUGUCUUCAAGUGCUCGCUAUGAAAGAUACAAGGGCAACCAAGUUCUUUUUUGUUCAGACACUAUUGCCAGAUGUUGGUAUAUUCUUCUUUCUGGAUCUGUCCUUAUGAAGGACUCCAUGUUUUUACCACCAUGCAGUUUUGGCAAGCAGUCUGGAGGAAAAAGAGGAUGCGAGUGUAUUAUAUUGGAACCUUCUGAAAUGAUCGUGGUGGAGAAUUCCAAAGACAAUGAAGAGAAUAUCCUGCAAAGAGAAGUUCCCCUCAGGCAGUCUCGGCGAAGGUUUAGGAAGAUUAACCAGCGGGGAGAACGUCAGACCAUCACAGACAAUGUGGAUGCUAGCAGUUAUCUUUCGCUUCCAGCAGAUCUUACCAAGAUGCAUCUUACAGACAAUCCACAUCCACAGGUGACUCAUGUCCCUUCCAGCCAGUCUGGGUGUAGCAUUGCCAGUGACUCUGGAAGCAGCAGCUUAUCGGAUAUCUACCAGGCUACAGAAAGUGAUAUGGGAGAUGUAGAUUUAACAGGUCUCCCAGAAGCACCUGUGGACUCUGAAGAUGAAGAAGAAGAAGAUGAAGAUAUUGACAGAACUUCAGAUCCAUUACUGGGGCGAGAUGUUGUACGAGAGUGCCUUGAAAAAGAACCUGCAGACAAAACGGACGAUGACAUUGAGCAAUUACUGGAAUUUAUGCAUCAACUCCCAGCCUUUGCAAACAUGACCAUGUCUGUAAGAAGAGAACUUUGUUCAGUUAUGAUAUUUGAAGUGGUAGAACAAGCAGGAGCCAUCAUACUUGAAGAUGGACAAGAACUUGAUUCUUGGUAUGUUAUUUUAAACGGCACCGUGGAAAUCAGCCAUCCAGAUGGGAAAACUGAAAGUCUCUGUAUGGGAAAUAGUUUUGGGAUUACCCCUUCUUUGGAUAAACAGUACAUGAAUGGAGUGGUUAGGACCAAAGUAGAUGACUGUCAGUUUGUUUGUAUAGCCCAGCAGGAUUACUGGCGUAUUCUGAACCAUGUGGAAAAAAACACUCAUAAAGUCGAGGAAGAAGGAGAAAUUGUUAUGGUAAAGGAGCACAGAGAGCUAGAUCGCAGUGGAACCAGAAAAGGACAUAUAGUCAUUAAGGCAACACCUGAGCGACUCAUCAUGCAUUUAAUAGAAGAACAUUCUAUUGUGGACCCAACUUAUAUAGAAGAUUUCCUUUUAACAUACAGGACAUUUCUAUCAAGCCCAUUGGAAGUUGGGGAUAAACUGCUGGAGUGGUUUAAAGUGGACAGCCUCAGGGAUAAGGUCACCAGAGUGGUCUUAUUGUGGGUGAAUAAUCAUUUUAAUGAUUUUGAAGGAGAUCCCGCUAUGACACGAUUUCUGGAAGAAUUUGAAAAAAACUUGGAAGAUACGAAAAUGAAGGGUCACCUCAGGUUGUUGAAUAUUGCCUGUGCCGCCAAAGCAAAGUGGAGGCAAAUUACUCUGCAGAAAGCUUCCAGAGACUCGCCACUCUUUUUCUGUCUAGUUGGAGGAAGUGACAAGGGUUUUGGCAUUUUUGUAGAGACAGUAGAAACAGGCAGCAAAGCAGCAGAAGCUGGACUUAAGCGUGGUGAUCAGAUAAUGGAAGUAAAUGGACAGAACUUUGAGAACAUUACAUUUGUAAAAGCUGUUGAAAUCUUGAGGAACAAUACUCAUCUUUCCAUUACUGUAAAAACAAACAUUUUUGUGUUUAAAGAGCUGCUUAGCAGGAUAGGACAGGAGAAAAAUGGAGUCCCCCAUAUUCCAAAAAUUGCAGAAAAGAAAAGUAAUCGCUACUCCAUCCCAGAUAUGCCCGGAGAUAUGGAACAGAUGUUUCCAUGCGAGAAAGGAAACAAGAAAAUCAAAGCAAACACUGUAUCUGGUGGAAGAAACCGAAUCAGGAAAAUUUUAGACAAGACACGUUUCAGCAUCUUGCCUCCCAAACUAUUUAGUGAUGGCAGUGUAAGCCAGUCACAGGAUGACAGUAUUGUUGGAACAAGGCAGUGCAGACACAGUUUGGCCAUAAUGCCUAUCCCUGGAUCACUCUCAUCAAGUAGUCCUGAUCUGUUGCAGCCUACAACCAGCAUGCUGGAUUUUACUAAUCCUUCAGAUAUUCCAGAUCAAGUUAUAAGAGUUUUCAAAGCAGAUCAACAAAGCUGUUACAUUAUAAUAAGCAAAGACACUACUGCAAAAGAAGUUGUGAGUCAUGCAGUGCACGAAUUCAACUUGAUAGGAGCCCCAGAAACCUACUCUCUCUGUGAGGUGUCUGUUAGUCCUGAGGGAGUCAUCAAACAGAGAAGGCUUCCAGAUCAGUUCUCUAAAUUAGCAGACAGAAUCCAGCUCAAUGGAAGGUAUUAUCUGAAAAACAAUAUGGAAACAGAGACGUUAUGCUCAGAUGAGGAUGCCCAGGAGCUGCUCAGAGAGAGUCAGAUUUCUCUUCUUCAACUGAGCACCAUUGAGGUGGCUACUCAGCUAUCAAUGAGGGAUUUUGAAUUAUUUCGCAAUAUUGAGCCUACUGAAUACAUUGAUGACCUCUAUAAGAUGGACUCCAAAACAGGAAAUGCUCACCUGAAACAGUUUGAGGAUGUCAUUAACCAAGAGACAUUCUGGGUUGCCACAGAAAUUUUAACAGAGCCCAACCAGCUCAAAAGAAUGAAGAUUGUUAAGCAUUUCAUUAAAAUUGCCCUACACUGUCGAGAAUGCAAGAACUUCAAUUCCAUGUUUGCCGUUAUAAGUGGGCUAAAUCUGGCACCAGUAGCACGACUCAGAGGUACCUGGGAAAAGCUACCAAGCAAGUAUGAAAAGCACCUUAGAGACCUUCAAGAUCUUUUUGAUCCAUCUAGAAACAUGGCAAAGUACCGCAACAUUCUUAGCAGUCAGAGCAUGCAGCCACCAAUUAUUCCACUGUUUCCUGUUGUCAAGAAGGAUAUUACAUUUCUACAUGAAGGAAAUGAUUCAAAAGUGGAUGGCCUGGUAAAUUUUGAGAAACUUAGAAUGAUUGCCAAAGAAAUUCGACAAGUCGUCAGAAUGACCUCUGCUAACAUGGAUCCAGCUGUAAUGUUCAGACAAAGGAAGAAGAGGUGGAGGAGUUUGGGGUCUCUGAGCCAGGGCAGCACAAACUCAAACAUGCUUGAUGUUCAGGGAGGUGCUCACAAAAAACGUGCUCGACGCAGCUCACUCCUUAAUGCCAAGAAGCUGUAUGAGGAUGCCCAGAUGGCCAGGAAGGUGAAGCAGUACCUUUCCAAUCUGAAUGUGGAAACCGAUGAGGAAAAAUUCCAGAUCAUGUCACUUCAAUGCGAGCCUGCAUAUAGCACUUUGACCAAGAAUUUAAAUGAGAGAAAAGGUGCAAAAUCCUCAGAAAUGUCACCAAUACCCAUGAGGUCAAUAGGUCAAACCACAAAAGCCCAUCUGCAUCAACAAAACAGAAUGAGCCAAGUUCUCCAAGUUCCAGCUGUUAAUUUGUACCCUAUUAGAAAAAAAGGACCAGCUAAGGACCAUGUCACCUUCAGUUCUCCUCAGAAGUCACUCAGUUUGUCUGAGGAAGUAAGUAGUAAGAAACAAGCAGAAGAUAGUAUAUCUAUGGCAUCCUCUUUGCACUCCAGUCCUCCCGCUUCUCCUCAGGGCUCUCCACACAAAGUUGGUAACAUCCAGAGGUCUGAUAACUGUGGUCAAAUGAAUCUCUCUGGUUCCUCCUCAUCGCUUGCCAGUGAAACCAGCAACAAGAACAGUGGGCAACGCAGCUAUGGAAUAGGCUAUGCCCUCAUACCAUCCACUAAAUCUGAUAACUUCUCAGACUCCAGCCACAGUGAGAUCUCAUCGCGGUCUAGCAUCGUGAGUAACUGCUCUGCCGACUCAAUGUCUGCAGCCCUGCAGGAUGAGAGAUGUUUGCCUCAGUCUCUUAUUGUGAUGGAUUCAGCAGGAGGAGUAGAAAGAAAAGAUGUUCCUCAACCAUCGGCUGAGUAUAGCCAGCCUACCACUGGUUGGUCACUAACUAGACCUGCUAUAAUCAGAGGGUUGGCUGUCACAUCUUCCAUGAGUAAUGAGGAGAUCUCCCACGAACAUAUCACAGUAGAAGCUGCAGACAGUGGCCGUGGAAGCUGGACUUCAUGUUCAAGUAGUUCUCAUGAUAAUUUUCAGAAUAUCCAGAACCAGAAAAGUUGGGAUCUUUUGAGUGCUUACCGCCACACUCAUCUAGAUGGACCCAUUGCUGAAGUAGAACCCACAAACUGUUGCUCUGAAGAGACUUAUUUGUAUUCUGAAGCCUUUUCCAAAAAUAACCGACAGUCAAAAGCCAGCACGGAACAUGAUCAAUCUCGGCAAAGCUGGGCCUCGUCGAGCUCUCUGUCAGACACGUAUGAAACAAACUAUGGGACAAUUAAACGGAGAGGGCUGGAGCACUCCACAGCAGAGCAGACUGAGGUUUUGGACUCUAAGCCAACCACUGAUGCAAAUUAUAAAACUGUUACUUCAAGUACAGAAAAAGGCCUGAUAGUGUACUGUGUCACCUCACCUAAGAAGGACGAUAGGUAUAGGGAGCCUCCGCCCACCCCUCCAGGAUAUAUGGGGAUUUCUUUAGCGGACAUAAAGGAAGGAUCACCCCAUCACCCACACUUAAAGCCUCCAGACUAUAGUGUGGCAGUGCAGAGGUCAAAGAUGCUACAUAGUGACCUCUCUAGACUUUCAUCAGCUUCUCUCAGUAGUGAACCAGUGGCCUGUAUUUCAUCGAAGAUGCCUCAAUGGCAUAAACUGCAACCGUCCCAUCCUAAACUAGCAGAUAUGGCUGACGCAGAUAGUGAAGAGGAUGAAGAUGAACAAGUAUCAGCAGUCUAACCAUUGGGCUAUCUAUGAAAACCACUUCAAAUCACAGGGGACGUGGGAAUAUGAACCAUAUGAUUGUUAGCUAAUGCUGACAACUUGCUGCUACUAACCUCAAAAGUUGUAUUUGCCUCAGUUGUGGACAAUAUGAACCUGGCUGGAUCAUAAAUCUCUCUAAUUUACUUCACUCUACCACAGUCAGCUACCACAGCCUAAGAAAACUAUUUAUGCCUGUGAUAUAAACACCAGUUUCCAAGGAGUACAGACUACCUGAGAACUGAAAUCAGUAUGAUGAGAAGGACCAAUCUUAGUACAUUGGGACCACCAAUUGUCAAGAACCACUUGAAACUUGGAAGCAUUCUUCUGUAUAAUACCUUGUAAUUCUUUUGGUAGAUUUCUGUGAUAUAUAUUUUCCCAAUGACCAUUAUAAUUCUAAAAUUAAGGAUGUUAUUUUACAUACUUAAGCAAAAUUGGGGACGCUGCGACAGUAUCUGAAAAAGUAAUUUAUUUAUUUGGAGUUUAUCGGGGAGUUUCUUUUAUUUGUACUGGGAGUGCUCUGGUUGGCUAGUGUGAACGCUGGCAAAGAAAAUGGGUACUAGCUUAGAUACAUGUUAAUAUUCUUUGUGCUAUUGAAACAGACAGGCCUAACAACUCCUUUAGAAAUACCGGGAUUUUGGGUGUGUACUUAAUGUAAAUAGAAUAGAGGAUUUGGAAGUUAAUGUGCAUACAGCAAUGAAACACUGCCAUCUCUUGGUCCUGCUCUAGAAAACCCUGAAAAAUAUGUCUUUAACUAUCAGCCUGCUGGGAAAAUAACUGGAGUUCUUCUCCCACAUUUUUUCUACUUGUACCAAAAUUCAAAUAUUUUAGGUACUGGAAUUAUUUAAAAGGAAAAUUUGUUACCACUCCCAUUAUGGAGUAGACAGAAAAUGUAUUAAUAUAGCAUUUUAACCAUAGGCCAUUGCACAUAAUACAGUAAAUAAAUGCAAAUUUUAUAUCAACACAAGCCGUUAUGGAAUAAUAUUUGUGAAAGUGAACAUUUGAGAUAUAGUACAAUAUAGUAUUAUGAUUCUGAAAACCUACCGCAUUUGUCCAAUGAAUUAGAUUAGAAUGUUUCAAGUUUUAGAGUGAAAUCUUGGCCCAGUUGUAAUCGGUGGGGGUUUUUACUUGGAUGGAGCCACGGUUCAUGUUCUUUUUGUACAAUUAGGGUAAGAUAAGUUGCUUGCUUUAAUUUUACUUAGCCAACCAGAGCACAUGGGGUAAAACUGGAAAUACCUGCAUUUUCUUUCUUGUUCUAGCACGGGAUAACCCAAUCAAACAUUAUAAUUGGAGUUGAAUGUGUGGAUCCAUGUUUUAACAUUUUACUUGUAAAUCUUAAUGGGGAUGUUUACAGACUAAGUUAGAUAGAUGUUUGUCAUUUUACAGGUGCCUCAAAGAAUUUAUAUAUUACGUUAUGAGGAGUUUUAAAAUUUCUUUUAUUUUUUUUCCUGGUGUAGGGCAAAUGCAGCAUUUUCUAAAAAAGACACAAGUACCAAAAACAACCCAAAGCCUUUGAUGCGCAUCACCCAUAUCUACUUGGGACUGAUGUUGACAAACAUGAGAAUGUGUUCGAUCAAACUUUUGCUUAUGUUCAUGUGUGUGCCAGAUUUAAUAUUAUCCUGUGGCUGGAUUGUACUCUGUAUUGAUCCUUGUAUCCUGAAAUCCUAAAUCAGUCAAGAGCAGUAAUGUGGGGAGAGGCUGCCUAAUUCAUAAUUAGUUGAUUGACUAUAUGUUAGAUUUUUUGGUAUGAACAUCUGAGGAGUAAAUAGCUGAAAAAUCAUAUUGAAAAACAGAUUAGCUGUUUCUUAAAGGAUACUUUCUUCUUCGUCAAGGCCUUAAUGUUUACAAUGAACUUGUGUAGGCCUUAAUGAAUCAAGAUUAAUAUAAGUGUCAAAAUGGUCUAGGGCAAAAUGAUUACUUUCAGCAUAUAUAAUGUUAACUUCUUAAUCCUUAAAAUGAUGUCUUGCAAGAUAUAAAUUGCAAAUUCUAGUAAUCCCACAGUAAAUUGUAAUUGUUUGUUAGCUUCUAAGCGGCGUGCACAAUAGGCUUACCAUUUUAAUCAGAAAAUCAUGUGUUUUGUGCCAGGUAAAUUAAGUCCUAAGGCUUCAGUGACCUCAGAUAUUGAUUUGUAGUUUAUUUCAGCCUGUUGAACAAAGGUAAAGGAUUAAGUCUUUGUUCUUGAGGUGACCUCCUUUCUAUCUAAGGGCCUGAUACUGCUUUCACUGAUGUUAGUGGGAAAACUCCCAAUGACUCCCAUGGGAGCUGGAUUGGGGCCCUCAUCUGGUAUCCAUUAAGCCAGCCAUUUGAUAUUGAUUACCCAUUUAAACUUGGUGUUUGCACAUCAGCAUCAAUCUGUUCAGCAGUACUUUUCAGGACAUUGUUUUUAAAGUGAGUAAAAGUCUUGCUAAUCAUAUUUUCCUAUUAGACAGUACAACUAGUGUAAAUAAAUCAUGCAUAAACUAUUGAUAAAUGAGCUACUUUUUCUGCUUCUUCUUGGACAGUGUGGCUUGCCUCUGCUUGUCCUUGCUGUGACUUCGUUUGGUUUUUAAUUCAGCUGAUCACAUUGAUCGGGGACGAUAGCCAAAUGCAGUGUGUCUUGUAUAGAUUUGAAGAGACAUUAUCCCUUUUUUCAGCUUUGAAAAUUGUGAAUUAAGACUGCUUAAUUCGGGUUUUACGUUUCAUGUAAGUGGUAGCUCAUGGAACCAAAAAAUGUGAGCUGACUUACCUGUACAGCACUCUAUCCCUUUGGAUUUCUUUCUCUUACACAGCCCUAACUUCUGCUGAGCAAUUCAUGUCCCCGCUAAUAUUCUUCCUGCAUUUACAUUUUGUUGCUUGCUCUUUCACUAAUUAUUUGUUUGCUCAUAAGUGAUGAGUGAAGGAUUUGAUUUGAUUUGAUUUGAUUUUUUUGCCUGCAUUGUGAUAUUUCAUUGUGCUAUUAAAAUCUCAGCCUUCCAAAUCAUUCAGAAAGAACCUUCCAACCAAUCGUAGUACCUUUAACUUAACUGGCCUCCAUAUAAUGAAAUUAGACAACUGAGCUUCUGUUAUAUUAGUUUACCUGUCCCAUAAAUACAGUUCAGUAAACUAAAGGAGAAUUCCUUCAAAUAUUUGCAAUAUGCAAACUUUAAGUGUUGGACAAUAAGAGGAGUUGAAUGAUCAGCAGUCAUUACCAGAGUGGGAAUAUGAGGCCGUUUCUUACUCGUGCUUAAUCCAAACUCACUGAGUAGAGUCACUGGGGCCAGUGAGGCUUCUUAUGUGGGAGAUGAUUGCAGGGUGAGAUUCAUAGCUUCCUUCUAAUUCUUACAGGUCAUGAUUAUGUGAUGUGCCGAGUGCCAUCCUUGCCCAUUGAAGUCAAUGGGAGAUGGAGGUUGGCCAGCACUUCCAAGGUUGAGCCUAUAGCAAUCAACGUUUGCAGAAAGACUCUGCUUUCUAUCAAUAAUUCUCUUGCAAAAGAUAAAUCUGAAAAGUCUUUCUUCAUUCUUUCUCUCUCAGAUCAUGUGAUUGCAGACAACAAUGCAAAUGUCAUUUUAAGUUUUUAUAUAUAUAUUAGAAUUAGUUUUUUAAAAAAGAUAUACUUAUGACUGCCUUCAGAAAAACAGAUUAGAAAAAAGGGAUACUCUCUCUUUAGAAAAGCUUUAUACAUUUUAUUUAAAAAUGGGGAGAAAAAUCCAUCUGGAAUUCCCAAGUCAGCUUUAGCUUAUGUUGUGCUUUUUUGUUUUUUUAUUUUUAUUUUUAUAUACCUGGAAUGCAGUGUAGCUUGGUAUUAAUAACAUUCUAAAUAUAUGAGCAUAUUGACAAAAACUGCACAGAUGUAAUGAUAUUCCAAUAGCAAUUGUACUGCACAAGUCAGUGAUUGUAAAGUAUUCCGUAACAAGCAAUGUGUCUCCUAUUUUUUGAUACCUCUUACACUUAUGUCUUUUAGAAAGACAGUGCCUCUGUAUGCUUUUUGUAUUUUUACUGAGUGAUUGUAAAUAUUUGUUAUAUUUUUGGUUAAGAGAAUGUUUAAAAGUACUGUUUAUUAUCCAAUCUACUAAUAUGUUGGAAUCAAUAAACAAUCUACAUACA